ACUGUCGGGUUCGUCUAUUCGGUUCAUGGGACGGUACGCCUUGCUUUCUUGGGUUGCGUCUGGACGCUCUGCCUAACCAGGUGGGUUACCGCAGCCGAGGCACCAGCAGUUCGAGUGGGAGAACGGCGGAGUUGGUUCUAGGCAGUUAGGACACAGCUGGUUCCGACGACAAGCAGGCAUGCGAUUGCGCUCACUGCAUCGCACAGCACCGAGCAGACAUUCGGUAGCGAUGGCCGUUGUAAAAGCCCGACGGCUUGGUAAUGUGGACUCCAUUCACGCCUUGGGCGGACGGGCCCCUGCUGGAGGGCGGCGGCGAUGAAUGGAUCGCUCGUUUGCACUUAUCGAUUCUCGACAUUUCUGUUAGGCGGCUACCCUGUGUUGAGGCGUCUCAACUUCGUUCCUCAGUGCGACGCGGCUGGAGGCGAACUGUAAUCUUGGCUUGAGACCGUGAAUUGUCUCAGCUCGAGAGCAACUUCUAAUGUGAAGAAGGCGAUCAGUGCUAUUCGCUGGCACGAUGCCGGCCAAGGAUCGCAAGUCGUCUCUUCCCCCCAACUGGUCCGCGCGCCUCCUCCCGAUCACAGCCUCCCCGGUUUCCACCGCCCACAGCCGCGUCCCGACAAGCAAGCCCGCCCAGAGGGCUUCCAGUGAGACUAGUCAACGCGCUCCACCUCCCCGCGCCCGCCAAUUUUCCCCGCUUUCCGCCUCCCCCGCUAAUGGGGGGAAUGAAAACGCGCAUGUAUGGUUGCCGCUGCGGCUGGGGAUGGGACCAGGUGGAAUGGGCGGCAUCUCUUGGCAGCACGUGACUCUGCACGUGGUGCAGGUGGCGGUGGGAUGUGCCACUGGGAUCGGACGGUCGUACAUGCACGAUCACGCGCACUGUAGACAAAGAAGAGCGUCAGCAGGGCGAUUGCAUCGUCCAUCACCGUCAUCCUCGUUACAAGCAUCAGCAUCAUCCUCGUUACUAGAAUCUUCAGCAUCAUCAUCAGUGUCGGGGUCAGCCGUCGCGAGGCUGCUGCAGACAGGAAACGCUGCGGCGCUGCUUCUGCUCUGCCAGGCCCUCUUUCCCACUUCCUUCUCUCUCGCAACACCCACUCUCGCUCUCCUCCACCUCCUCUCCUCCUCGCGCCUCCUCUCCCCCCUCUCCCGCAUCCUUUCCCCCCUCUCCCGCGUCCUCGCCCCCCUCUCCCGCCUCCUGUCUCUCUGCCCCCUGUUGCGCCCGCGCCUGGGCAGCAGCAGAGGUGGGCGGAAGGGGGAAGGCAGCCUGUGCGGGGGAGGGGGAGGGAUGAGGGAACACACUCUGGUCUGCCUGGGCGCGUCUCUCCCAAUAGCAGUGGAGUACGAGCGGGUGCGAGUACGGGUGGGGAAGGCGCCGGCAGGGGCGUGCGGGAGGGAGGGGGAGGAGGCGUGGAGGAGGGCGCACAGGAGGGCAGCCAGCCGAGUGGCGAAGCUGAUCAAGACGUACCACGACAUUCCACAGGCUGGUGGCCUCUUGGACCUGACAGAGGCCGCCACUCUGCUCCACUACAGGACGAACAGCGCCGCCCCAUACAUCAUGCCAGCUCCAGACCUCCCUCCUUCCCUGGUAGCAGCAGCAGUGGCAGGACCAGCCUUACCCUUACUCUCUCCCUUCCUCCCAUCACCACACCCCUGGCCUUCCUCCUACAAUCUUGUCACCUUCUCCCUUCCUCUCUCCUCUCCCUCUCCCUCUCACCAAGUGGAAUCGAAGGGGGUGGAGAAAGGGGUGGUUGGGAAGGUAGUGGGGCCGGGAGAGAGAGAGAUUGAGGAGGAGAAAUCGGAGAAGGGGGAAUUCAUGAGCAAUAGCAACAAUGGCAGCAACGGCAGCAUCAGCAUCAGCAGCAGCAGCAGUUGGGCCAGCAGUAGCGACUUGAUCAUCAAUGACAGCAGCACUUGGACGGAUUCUGACACCAGCAGCCCUAGAAGCAGCAGCAGCAGCAGCAGCAGCCCCAUCAGCAGCAGCAGCCGCACGAGCAGCCUAGGUGCAAGCAAGGGAAGCAACUACAACCUGAGCAGCAGCAGCAGCAGCAGCAGCAGGAGCACGAGCAACAGUGCCAUUCCUUUAGCACGACAGUGCUUCCAAUGUCAGGGCUUGCCGGACCCUGUUCCCUUACCGAGUGUGACUUUAGAAGGAGGGGAUCGCUCAAAUGCGAUUCUGCACCCUAGCAGCGACAACCACUAUCAACCCCACCCAGGACACCUGGCGCACUCUGAUUGGCCGCUAUCUCGCUGGCAGGUGGCCCUCUCUCUCCUCCUCCGCGCUCUCUUCCUCGCUCUCAUCUUCUCCCCCCUGCUGCUCCUCGGCCCCCUCCUGCUGCUACUCCACCACCUACUGCCAGACGCACCAGCAGGCAAGGCACAAGGGAACGGAGGACAAAAGCCAGCAAGAGAAGCUCCCUCAAACGAGGACUCUUCAGAAUUAGCCGUCUCAGACGAGCCUGCUCCGGCAGGGGAACCUUCCCUGAAGCAGCGGUGCCGGGACGCCAUCCAUCAACUCCUGCUAUUCGCCCUGCGGCGCGGCGGCGCCGCCUUCAUCAAAUGGGGCCAGUGGGCGUCCACUAGAGAAGACCUCCUCCCGCCCUCCCUCUGCCUCGUCCUGGGCGCCCUGCAAGACCAGGCCCCCACCCACUCCUUCGCCCACACGCGCCGCGCCGUGCAAAAGUACCUCGGGUGCCGGCUAGAGGAGCUGUUUACAGAGUUUGAAAGGGAGCCGCUGGCGUCGGGGAGCAUAGCGCAGGUGCACAGGGCGCGGGUGAGGGGAGCGUGCAGGCAUGUGCCGGAGUGGGUGGUGGUGAAGGUGCGGCACCCCCGCGUGGGACUGAGGAUCAAGCAGGACUUUGAAGUGAUGGCGGGUGUGGCGGCGGUGGUGGACUGUGUGCCGGGGCUCAAGUGGAUCAGACUGCAGGACAGCCUGGAGCAGUUCAGCCACACGAUGAGGGAGCAGGCGGACCUGAGGGUGGAGGCCUACCACGCCCACCGCCUGUACCUUGACUUCUACCCGGUGCGAGAGCGGGUGGUGAUAGCACAGGUGCUGCCGCACUUAGUCUCCGAGGGGGUGAUUGUGGAGAGCUUUGAGCGCGGGGAGGCACUGCACCGCUUCCUGCACUCAAACAACUCGCUUAAUACACAGAUAGCAGCAGUGGGUGUAGACGCCUACCUGAAGAUGCUCCUGCAGGACAACCACAUCCACCUGGACUUGCACCCGGGGAACAUCCUGGCCCGCAUGGCGGCAGCUCCAAGUGCAGGAGCCGUAGGGGAGGGGGGGCUACAGCUGGGCCGGCUGCAGCAAGAGGGGCUACAGGCGGGGGCAGUACAGCAAGUGGGGCAACUCCAGGAGAGUGCGCUACAGCAAGAGAGGCAGCAGCAACAGCAGGGGAGUGCGGUGCAGCAGGGUGGGCAACAGGGGAGUGCGGUGCAGCUGGUGAUUCUGGACUACGGGUUGAUGGAGGACCUGACAGCCCAUGUGCGCACCAACUUCCUCUGCUUCAUCGCCUCCAUCAUGUCCUCAAAUGCCAAACAAGCGACCCACUACUUGCUCCGGUUUGCAGCACCGUUCCCCCAGCGCUGCACCAACCGGGAUGCACUAGAGGCUGACAUGCGGGAGCUCUUUGCCCGAGACUGCCAGCUACACCGCCAGUGCAUGGACCUUAAUGAUGUGCUUAAAAAGGUUCUCCGCAUAUGCUGGGUACACCACGUCACCGUUCAUUCCUCCUACGCCUCUCUCCUCAUCGCCAUGUGCAUUCUAGUUGGCUUCGGCCAGACGCUCGAUCCUGAAUUGUCCAUCCUAGAUGCAGCUGCUCCCUGUUUCUUCCUCUACAAUCUCACUGGAAGAAUCAUAGGAAGAAUAUACGGCUAGAUAUAUUAUUAUUUGAAUCCCUGAAAGCUCCACCAGGUAUGGAGCUUUCGUUACAAUAUGGUUUGCUCCUUAUGUUUGAAAUAUUUGCAACGAAUAUUU